AAAGAGAGCCACAGGAAGCGAUUGAAAAUUGGUUGCAGAGAGUGAGAGUCACAACUACCAGUCCUUGUGAGUUUGGAAACCGCCACGAAAGUGAUUCCAUUUAUAACAACAAAGCACUUUCUAUUUCCAUCAUCACCAAUCCACCACUACCUUGUCUUGCGUCAGAGAAAAAUGAGAAUGGAUAAAGGUGUGGUUUUUUUCAGUGUUGGUUUGGUGGUGAUGUUCAUGUUCAUGUUCCUUGGUGGGAAAUGGGUGGCUGCUGCGGAGGUGCAUCAUGUGGUCGGAGGAGACCGUGGUUGGGAUCCUACGUCCGACCUCGUUUCAUGGUCUUCGGGGAGACUCUUUAGGGUUGGAGAUCAAAUUUGGUUCACCUACUCUGUGGCUGAGGGACUAGUGGCUGAGCUGAAAAGCAAAGAGGAAUAUGAGACGUGUGAUGUUAGCAACCCCAUCAAGAUGUACACAGAGGGUUUGCAUACUGUUCCGCUUGAGAGGGAAGGAAUCAGGUACUUUGUGAGCAGCGAUACCCAGAACUGCAAAAAUGGCCUAAAGCUACACGUUCAGGUUCUACCCAAGGAAACACGCGUCACCUACUCUUCUCCUACCCUAAAACUUGAGGCUCCUGCCCCCACUACUCCAUCUUCUGCUUCAUCCCGUUAUGGCUACAACACCAUGUUAAUGCUCACGCUUGUAUUUUGCAUCAUCAUAGGCCAUGCUUAUUGACAUCUCACACAAGCCUUUUUAUUUUUUUUUUCGGUUUAGUCGAUGAUGUUGGUUUUGUGCACAAUCCUGUGUGUGAUGAGGACUAAGGAGAAUUAUUGGCUCCAUAUAUGUAUUUUAUCUAGAGCAAAUAUUUAGCUUAAGAAAGAUAUUUGCUUCUUAACAAAAAAGAAGAAAGAUACUUGCUCUUUUUUUUUUUUUCAAUUGUUUUAUGAAUUUAUCUGGAACCUUGGAGGAUUGUGAAA